AAUGUGAAACAAAAGCGCUCUGGCACGCGAGAUGUGGACCGUGUGAAGGCGGUGAAUGCAAAACUCAGCGCGUUUCUGGAUUCUAGCUUGCUCGGCGAUAGCAAGAUUACAAAUACUGAGAGUAGCGCUAAGCCCAGUGAUGGUAAGCGAAAGCUUCCCAAAAUGAUCAAGGGAAAACGCAUACGCCCCAGGAAGACUCAGUUGGAGACUUCGGUUGAGAGCAGAGAUCAUAUUCUUGAUGUACCUGAAUCACGAGUACGAUCACAUGGCAUUAGAGAUGUAUCCCUGGAAGGAACUUCCCUUAGAACAGGCGGGCUAGAAGAAGGUGGUCUAGCAUCAACGUCAGACAGUACUGCAGGUGCAGGAGGGAAUAUGCGUGAAUCCCAUCCAUUCUUUGCGUCGUCUGUGGCGACGGAAAGCACUGCGGAAGCAGGCGCUGAGAUACCGAUGGAAAGCGCUGAUAGGCUGACCUCGUCUGCCGUGGAGGAAAGCUUCGGUACGGCGUCGUCCAGUACGAGUGAGAGUGUAAUUCCUGAUCUUAAGAAUGCUGCGAAACCUGGUGGUUCCAAGGGCAACAGCGGCACAUCACCAAAACCACAACCACAACCACAACCCCAAUCACCGACACAAGCCUAUGCCCAAACCAUCAUCCCCACGAACCGCGCGACAACUGAGCAGGAGAUGAUGGACAUCAUGGCGGGUGGGUACACGUGGCAGGUGACCAAACAAAUGCGCAAUAAAGAGGGCGAGUUAGUGUCAGUGCGAUCAAACGUCGACCCCCUGGCUGUGCAGGCGAGUGCCGAGUGGAAAACGCGGAGAGAGGUCCGAUUUUUCCUGGAUAAGCUGAAGAAAUCUGUAAAGCGGUUACCGAAGAAAGCGGCGGCGGAGACGUGUUUGGCGUUGCUGGCAAAAGAAAGAGGUAGUGUGG